AUGGACCUGGGAAUCCGAGAAAAGCAUUCCGUGGCAUCCCAGCCCAGUUCACUGCUGGUGAGUUCAUGUGCGAGGGCUCCGAGACACUCGCUUCCUGAGUCCCAGGCCAUUCCCACCGGUGUGUGUGGACAGAGCGUGUCUCUCCCAGGCUGCAGUCUGGCUGUGCGCUCGUUUGUGCUUACCGUAUCGAGCUACCAUGCUGACAUGACACCAGCUGGCAUAGCCCAGCUCCGAGAUGGAAUGUGCUGGAUGCAAGCGAAAAACCGAACGCUGACAUUUACUCUCCCUCCACCCGCCCAGGCUCUGGUGCCCCCAGUUUUGUCACCAGGGAUUCAGAGUUCCAGAUGCUCUCUGACCCCUCUACCACGUCCGUGGUCCCCAGUCCUAGGGGGGAUGGAACGUGCUCUGCCUGGGGUCACGGGUUCUGGGCCAACGUGGAGCAGAGGAGGGAAAUAUCUCUGCAGAAGAGCAGCGUUUCGUCCUCACCUCAUUUCCAAGAUCCCGAGACUCCAUUUCUUCAUCGGAUUAAUGGCUCUUGGCACUCAGAAGCAGCUUCUGGAGUCGGAGCCGUCAGGGUACAUGCUGAGGUCUAAAAUCAUGUCAGGAAAAUUUUAUACCAGCACAGGAUUGUUAAGAGGAGACUGGUGUUCAAACAAGCUGAUAAGGUUCUACUCUCACUGUGGAGCUUCAUUUCAUAUGGAAGGGAAAGAAAAAGAAACGAAUAGAGCUUAA